CUUAAGCCGACUUGUCACGACGGGACGGUCGCUGAAAUGCGCAGAUGCCUUUCAGCUGGCUCCUCCAUUCUUUCCUCUUAUUGCGGUCAUGGUGCAGCCAAUUCUUCCCGUCGACAAUACGUAGCGGUCGCUGCCGGCGAUGUCCACGACCAAGGCCCAGCGAUAUCCUUCCACGAGAAAGACAAGCUGGACAGGCUCUGGCUCAAUCUUGAACACAACAAAAAUCCGACUCGUACUUGGGAGACGUAUCUGCGUGCCGUCAACCAACUAGGAACCACCGACAUCCCUCUCCGUUUCCACCAGAAAGCCUUGCGCGCCUGUACAGUGCCCACGGAGAAGCUUCGCAGCGCAGCGGACCGUCGGAAUGCCACCAAGCACCCACCAGCGUCGCACACCUAUGAGAGUCGAUUUCAGCUCAUCCUGGGAAAUAUUCGUACACUUGGACAGAACCCAGAUUUGGAGGAUUACAACUUUGUUUUGGAGCAGUUUGCCGCAGCUGCACAUCCUGUCGCGGCGUUGAACGCGUUGAAGGAGAUGAUUUUCUUUGGUGUUACUCCCCGGUCAAAGACAUAUGGUCUGUGUCUCCAGGCCGUCGCGCACCGGCUGAGUCUCCCUGUCCGGAAGGACGACCUUGACGUGCGAAACGAUGUGUCUCAUGCCCAGAUGAAGGAAAUAUUGGAUGUUAUGCGGGUCAUGGGAAAGUCGCUCACAGCCGUCAAUUUUGGCUUGACCCUUCGCAUCAUGAUGAAGACGACGUCCGUGGACACAGUCAACUGGUAUGUUCAGUGGGGGUACGGAAUAGAUCUCUGCUUCCCGGACCGACCUGCUCUCGCGUACCAAGGCUUGGCUGGGUCUCCCCCUGCAUUACCUCAACCUGUCAAUUUCACAACUUCUGCCCUCAACAAUAUCGUCGACAUGCUUGGCCAAACGGGAAAUGUGUCCAAGCUCGUCCAAGCUUUUGAGGUGCUUACCGUACCAAUACCGAAGAGCACCCAGUUUAUGACAUCUAGUUUCGAUGACGAUGAUGACUGGGGUGUUUCAACACCGUCACCAGAGUCUUCAUACCGUUACCCCCACGCGUCCCCAAACACCACCACUUACAACCUCCUCAUACGACACGUCUCCAAGGCAGGACAUGCCAUUCUUGCUCGCCACUAUCUCCUCCAGGCAAUCCACUUAGAGCGACAAGUCGCCUAUCAGACACGUAUAGAGGUCCUGACCAAACCAUUAGAGCAAGCGCGCGCUCCCCAUUUUGCUAUCAACAAGGGAACUAUCCUCCCCGUGUUCGGCCUAAGCAACCGCGAUAAAAAUGUUGGGCUCAUGCGGUGGGUCCACUCAAAGAUGCACAAUCUUCUCAAACGAAAACGCGCUGAGCUCGUCUUCUUCGACAACUUCCGACGGGGCAAGAUCACCAAAAAUCAGUGGCCGACAAUCACUACUGAUACUCCCCGGGAUUCAUCAUCCAACCUCUUCACCCGCGUCAAGUCAGCGCUGGGCUUUGACCCCGUAUUCGACGUGGAUCUCGACAACGAAUCACCCGCCAUUCAGCCAGCGCCCAUCAAAUAUAUCGACCUCGAUCUGUAUAUCCGGAUUUUGCAACGUGACAUCAAAGAGAUCGACGAGCUCCGCGCGCACAUUGAGAUCAUCUUGGCACGGACGAUACAGCGGAUCAAGGAACGCCUAGGUCGGCGUGUGUGGAAGGGGAAGAAUAUCUACACGUUGACCGGGUGGGGGAGGAACAACGUGACGAGGGAAGAGUGGCGGGGUAUAGCGAACUUCAAGCCAAAGGUGGAGGAUGACGAGCGGUAUGUUCCUGGGAGGCUGAAUAUGAGGAGGAUGAAGGAGAUUACGUGGAAUAGGAGGACGCUCAGGAAGUUUGUUGAGAAUCGGCGAAGGCGGGGGAAGUACGUUCCACUGAAGGGCCAGGUGAAGCAGCGUGUGUAUCGAGAAAACAUGAGGUUCUAUGUUCAGCAGGGUGUCUAGUCGUUGAUGCCCUUUCUGUAUAACCCUCUGGAUGUCCCGCCGAGAUGGCGGAGGUACUGCUAUAGUGGCUCGAGCGUCCGUCGUUCAGCCGGCAUUUGCUCUUAAGACUAUGACGGUCCUCAUUCAUACGCCUCAUAGCAGCAAGCAGUGGACCGGAGGAGGUAAAGCUGUAGGACUUGACACCGGGGGCUGUGGCGUACAAAGACUCCAUUGUCAUCUGUCGCGCAAGGAGUGAUAUCAGAAUGUCUUUGCAAUAUGUACUACGAGAGAAACAUUUAUGUUAAUUAUCGUUUCUCAACGCCGAGGAUUGUAUGGAAACAACUAAAACC